UGACUCCAGAGCAUUUUUUUGGAAAACAUGCGAUCAGCAAUGUUUGAAAGCUAGAAACAAGGUUCCUGUCCAGAAUUCAUCCAAUUUUACAGAACCAUUUGAAGCACCGGUAUUUUAUCCCACGGAACUUGAAUUACAGGAACCAGCAGCUUACAUUAAUGCUAUUAGGCCUCUAGCUGAACAAUUCGGGAUCUGCAAAGUAGUACUUCCAAUGGAACAAUCACUUCCUCCUACGCUAGCUGUACCCACGUACACAUUCACCACUAGAGCGCAACAUCUGAAUAGGAUUGACGCUGUGACAAGAAGUAGUGAAAUUUUCUUGAGCAGACUUGCCAAGUUUUUUCAACUGAGAGGCUCAUUUCUACAGACCCCUGUCCUGGAGUGUCGCACAGUCGAUCUGUACUCGCUACACCAUGUGGUUGCAAGACUAGGUGGGUACGAAAAAGUCUCUGAAGAAACACAAUGGACAGAGGUGGCCAAGGAGUUGCAUUACAAAGAUAUCGAGCCUACAGCCUUGGAGUUGCUAGAAGCUUACAAAACAAUCAUACUCCCAUAUUUGACUGUUGUAAAAGGAUUCGAAGAUACAAACCCUCCCCCUUUUGUGAAAGGUGUGACCCAGGAACCCGAGGUUCAUGCUUUUAAUAUGAGUAGAUAUGAAAAAGAACGCAUCAAUUGCGUGGAUUUACAGAUCCAGGAAGCUACGAGUAAAUUGGAAGAAAUACGAGGCAACGUUACUGAAUUGCCCGCUCAUGAACAGGAACAUGAGGAUGAAUUGAAAAAACUAGAAAAAGUGUAUUUGUCUACUGGUCUCCCAGAUGGAUUUGAAAAUCGUAAUUUUGAUCAGGAUUUGUUCAAAGUUCCUGAAGAUCUACGAAGAAGAACUACAAGACGUGGAACCAAACGUAAACGUUCUGAGACCACAGAACGUGAAUCUGAGAAAACAACCAACAAUGAUUUUGCAUUCAAAAAACCCGGUCUGUCGGUUUCUGGUCUCAUACGAAAACUUCGAAGGCAAAAGAUAUUGAAAAAACUGCAGAAAAAACUGAAACGCUUGAAACAACGGAGACAGGCUUUGAAAAAGCGUGGAAUUGUGAAAAAAAGAGGACUAGGAAGAUGGAAUAAGAAAAUAAUAGAAAUUGCUUAUCUUCUCAGUUUGAAAUCGUCCAAAAAGGUAUGCCAAAAAUGUAAAAAAUGCAUUGGUCAAGCUUUAUUUAAAUGCACGCUCUGCCAUAUGACCUACCAUUUAAGGUGCAUCGUUCCAGAAAUGAGUCACUAUCCUCAAGGAGAUUGGCAUUGUACCCAAUGCAUUGCAAGGGAAAUGAAGAACUAUCAAGCCCCAUUUAACACAUCAUUAGAUGAUCGUGUAAGAGAAUACAAUUUACAAGAAUUCCGAACAAUGGCUAAAAAUACCAAGAGAAUGUUCUUCUGCCUAAAAAAUAUAGAGAAACCUUCAUCGGAAAAGGUUGAGCAAAAGUUUUGGCAAAUUGUUGGUGAAAAAAAUUCAACGGUUGACACGGUGGUCGAAUAUGGAGCCGACUUUAUUAGGAAUCAGGGCACUGAUGUUCCGUCCCACACCGCUGCUCGGAUGGAGCUCAGUCAUUUAAUCAGUCCAUCUAACAGAACGCCACUUCAUCUCUCGCCGCGUAUACUGUACGAAAAAUUAAUCUAUCAUCCGUGGAAUUUGAACAACAUAGCAGAGAACUCUACCUCUGCUCUGAGUUACUUCAAAAACAAGAUUUCUCGCAUGCAGGCUCCAUGGAUGAAUAUCGGAAUGAUUUUCUCGACAUUUGGUUGGCAUUGUGAGCCUCACUGGUGCUACAAUAUCAACCACUUGCACACCGGUGAUUCUAAAACGUGGUACGCUGUCCCUGGCGAGUAUGCAGAAAAAUUCGAAGAAACUAUGAAAGAACUGGCUCCAGAGCUAUUCGAAACCCAGCCUGACACUCUGCUACUUCACGACUGUCUUGUCAACCCGAAGGCCUUGAUGGAAAAAGGUGUACCGGUCUACAGACUGAAUCAAACCGCUGGAGAAUUCGUGAUCACAUUUCCGAGAGCCUACCAUUGCGGCUUCGAUCAUGGCUUUAAUGUAUCCGAAGCUGUCAACUUCGCUCCGGCUGAUUGGAUCAAAAUAGGCCGAAAAUGCGUGGAAGAAUACGCUCUAUUAAAAACAAACUCUCUAUUCUCGCAUGAUGAGUUGAUGUUCAGAAUUGCAAAAGCAUCUUUUUUGGCAGAUGUACGCAUAGCUACGGCAGCCUAUCACGAUCUGUACUACUCUAUAAAAUCAGAACUCAAACUUCGACAAUUCGUCGUUGGUCAAUGGGGCUGUACGGAAGAGAUGAUGAGCUACAACAUUGAGCUGUAUUCAGACUACCUAAGGCGAUGCGAUUACUGUAAAUCAACAAUUUAUAUGUCAGCGGUCAUGUGCAAAUGCUGUACAGAUGACCAGAGAAUGGUAUGCAUCAAACAUUAUGACAAAUUGUGUACCACAUGCACACCGCAAAAUCACUAUCUCAUCGAAAGACGUACUUCAAAGGCGAUGUUCCUAAUUUUCAAAUACCUCCUCGUGGACGUGGUGGAUCCUUAUGAAAAAUGGGUGACGAGAAUGAGAUCCCUUCUUCACCAGAACCCAGUAAUAGGUUACAGUGAAAGAAAAGUAUUCGGAAAAUUGAUGCAGGAAGCUGAACAGAAUCUCUACUUGAGUCAGUCAUUACUAUACUCGUUCAAUACUGUCCUAUAUGGACCAUCAUGUAGACUCCGUGUGUUUGGUAAAAACGUAUCUAGAAAUUACUCGGAUGCAUAUAAGUACCUGGUUCACUAUCUAGAACACAUUCUAGAUGUCGGCCAAUAUACUCUGUGUUCGAAUAGCGUGUUCAAACUCUGCAAAUGCCUGACUGACUUCAGAUAUCCUGAUUAUGAUAAGUAUGUAUAUGAAAUUGAUUCCGAAUCAGGAUCGUCAUCAAGUUCUACAUCCGAAUCAGGAUCAUCAUCAAGUUCUACAUCCGAAUCAGGAUCAUCAUCAAGUUCUACAUCCGAAUCUGAUUCAGAAUCAGGAUCUGCAUCUGAAUGAGACGAAGAAUAUGAGUGAAGAAUAACAUAUCAGACAUCUGGCCUUUAUCUCCAUGAAAAUAUUCGAAACAUUUUAUUUCAUGGAACGUAUUUCAUUUUGGUCGAGUUGAAAUAUGUAUUAACCAUUAGGAUUUAUAUGCGUUUUAGUCACUUGUUUUUUUUUCAUGGUUUGUAUAAUUAGGCGUACAGAUUUCUCCGACAAUGAUACGAUACAAAAAGACUUGGAUUUGUUUAGGAAACUGUUGAUUAUACUGUAUUUGUGAGGCAAUAUUCUAAGAAACCGGUUUGAUUUAAAAGCCUUGAAAUUUAUUUCAAGAAAACUCUAGAACAAACUGUGAUAAUUAUUAAAAUUACCAAAAUGUUAAUUGUUUUAUGUUUCAUGUCUCAUUUGGGAUUUUAUAUAUUGGGAUCUUAGAUUGGGAUUCAUAUAUUAGGAU